AUGUCUUACGGAAACGAUAUGUUAACGGCGUUCCCCAGUAGGUGGGAUUUCUUCCAUCUUGUCACCACCACUAACAUUCCACCAGAUUUUGAAGACAUGUCGACCGUUCAUGCUUCAUACCAUCAGGAUCCAACACAUCAGCAAUUACUCAUGGUAUCGCCACAUAAUGUCGCCUCUGAGAUAGCAUAUCGCCGGCGCUCGUCCCACUCUCCUCAGGCUGCUCUUGGUGCGCUCCCUGUGCGUGACCGUACACCAAUUAGACACAAUCGGCCAAGCGUGUCACGGAAUCGGAGCCACAGCCGUGGCGACAUGUUGCUCGCGUAUGCAGCCGAUACAAAUCAACUUCAGCAGUCUCAGACGUUGCCAUCGAUGACAGCAAUGACAUCCCAGGGAGAAUCUCCCAUGCCGCAGAUGUACAACAUGCAGCAGUAUGGGCUGUCACCUCCCAUGGGUGGUUACCCUCUUCAAAGUGGCUACUUCCCGGGCUCUACAGCACAGCACGCCGGCGACUACUCAAUAACACCCAGUGAACAGGAUAUGCAAGCAUAUUACUCGGUGGGAAGAAACUCGCCGCAUGGUUCGGCCAUGAGUCUAUCGUCGCCGGGUUCUCCCAAUGCACUCUACGUUUCUGGCCAUCCGUCACCAAACCAGCAAACUCUACCGUCAAUAGGAAUGGCGAUGCAUCACUUUCCUCCAGUACCACUGACCCUGGAGUCAUCGCCCGCCGAAAUUGAAAUCAUGCCAUCGAGACCGAAGCCUCAAUGCUGGGACCACGGCUGCAACGGUCGACAAUUCUCCACCUUCAGCAAUCUUCUUCGACACCAACGGGAAAAGAGUGGUAGCGCCAUGAAAGCCAUAUGUCCGCACUGUGGGACUGAGUUUACCAGGACGACGGCGAGGAACGGGCACAUGUCCGGCGGCAAAUGUAAAGGGAAGGCAGAUGCUGAGGCCUCGAACCGAGCAGCAGCAGGGGAAGAUUAG